AUGAUGAGAGAAUGGGUGCUACUCUUGUCCAUGUUGCUCUGUGGCCUGGCUGGCUCCACAAGCCUGUUCCAGCCAAGCCUGGUGCUGGACAUGGCCAAGAUCCUCUUGGAUAACUACUGCUUCCCAGAGAACCUGAUGGGGAUGCAGGCAGCUAUUGAACAGGCCAUGAAGAGUCAUGAGAUUCUGAGCAUCACAGAUCCUGAGACACUGGCCCAUGUGCUGACUACCGGGGUGCAGAGUUCCUUGAAUGAUCCACGCCUGAUCAUCUCCUAUGAGCCCAGCACCCUUGAGGCUCCCCGGAAAGCCCCAGCACUCACCAACCUCACCCAAGAGGAACUGCUCACCCAGGUGCAGAAGAACAUUUACCAUGAGGUCCUGGAGAGCAAUGUGGGCUACCUGAGGGUGGAUGAUCUCCCAGGCCAGGAGGUGCUGAGCAAGAUGGGGGGAUUCCUGGUGGCCCAUGUGUGGAUGCAGCUCAUGGGCACCUCUGCCUUGGUGCUGGACCUCCGCUACUGCACCAGGGGCCACGUUUCUGGUAUCCCCUAUGUCAUUUCCUACUUGUCCCCUGGGAACACCGUCUUGCAUGUAGACACCAUCUAUGACCGUCCCUCCAAUACCACCACGGAGAUCUGGACCUUGCCAAAGGUCCCGGGACAGAGAUACAGUGCUGACAAGGAUGUGGUGGUCCUCACGAGCAGCCGCACUGGAGGCGUAGCAGAGGACAUCACCUAUAUUCUCAAGCAGAUGCGCAGGGCCAUUGUGGUGGGUGAGCGCACAGAGGGGGGUGCCCUGGAUCUCCAGAAGCUGAGGAUAGGCCAAUCCAACUUCUUCCUCACGGUGCCAGUGUCCAGGUCUCUUGGGCCCCUGGGCGGAGGCAGCCAGACGUGGGAGGGCAGUGGAGUACUGCCCUGCGUGGGGACACCAGCUGAGCAGGCCCUGGAGAAAGCCCUAGCCAUUCUCACCCUGCGCCGUGCCUUGCCAGGAGUUGUCCACCGCCUUCAGGAUGCUCUGCAGGACUACUAUACACUGGUGGAACGUGUGCCAGCCCUGUUGCACCACCUGGCCAACAUGGACUACUCUACAGUGGUCUCAGAAGAAGAUCUGGUCACUAAGCUCAAUGCUGGCCUACAGACUGUGUCUGAGGAUCCCCGGCUCCUGGUGCGGGCUGUUGGGCCCAGAGAAACCUCUUCUGGGCCUGAGGUUGAGGCUGAUGAUCCCCCGGUGGUAGACCCCGAGGUGCCCAAGGACGAGACAGCCCGGCAGGCCCUGGUGGACUCUGUAUUUCAGGUGUCAGUGCUGCCAGGCAACGUGGGUUACCUGCGUUUUGACAGAUUUGCAGAUGCUUCUGUGCUGGAGGAUCUGGGCCCUUAUGUACUGCGCCAGGUGUGGGAGCCCCUGCAGGACACGGAGCAUCUCAUCAUGGAUCUGCGUCACAAUCCCGGGGGACCAUCCUCCGCCGUGCCCCUGCUGCUGUCCUACUUCCAGGGCCCAGAGGACAGCCCUGUGCGCCUCUUCACCACCUAUGAUCGCCGCACCAACAUCACACAGGAGCACUUCAGUCGCAGGGAGCUUCUGGGCACACGCUAUGGCAACCAGCGUGGGGUGUACCUGCUCACCAGCCACCGCACCGCCACAGCCGCUGAGGAGUUUGCUUUCCUCAUGCAGUCACUGGGCUGGGCCACGCUGGUGGGUGAGAUCACCGCAGGCAGCCUACUGCACACCUGCAUGGUGCCACUGCUGGACACGCCUGAGGGUGGCCUGGUGCUCACUGUCCCAGUGCUCACCUUCAUCGACAACCAUGGUGAGGGUUGGCUGGGUGGUGGUGUGGUGCCCGAUGCCAUCGUGCUGGCUGAGGAGGCCCUGGACAGAGCCCAGGAGGUGCUGGACUUCCACCGCAGCCUCGGUGCCUUGGUGGAAGGCACAGGACGCCUGCUAGAGGCCCAUUAUGCUCGGCCAGAGGUCAUGGGGCAGACAGCAGCCCUGCUGCAGGCCAAGCUGGCCCAGGGAGCCUACCGCACAGCAGUGGAUUUGGAAUCACUGGCCUCACAGCUCACGGCUGACCUGCAGGAGGUGUCAGAGGACCACCGCCUGCUGGUGUUCCACAGCCCCGACGAGCUGGUGGCCGACGACAUGCCCCUGCCACCCCCAGCUGUUCCCUCCCCAGAAGAGCUCUCCUAUCUCAUUGAGGCUUUGUUCAAGACGGAGAUACUCCCAGGCCAGUUGGGCUACCUGCGUUUUGAUGCCAUGGCUGAGCUGGAGACAGUGAAAGCCAUUGGGUCGCAGCUGGUGCGGCUGGUGUGGCAGAGGCUGGUGGACACAGCCGCACUGGUUGUCGAUCUGCGCUAUAACCCUGGCAGCUACUCCUCAGCCGUGCCGCUGCUCUGCUCCUACUUCUUUGAGGCAGAGCCCCGCCAGCACCUCUACUCUAUCUUUGACAGAGCCACCUCGAGGAUCACAGAGGUAUGGACCCUGCCUCAGGUUGCCGGGCAGCGCUAUGGAACCCACAAAGACCUCUACAUCCUGAUGAGUCACACUAGUGGCUCUGCAGCAGAGGCUUUCGCUCACACCAUGCAAGACCUGCAGCGGGCCACAAUCAUCGGGGAGCCCACGGCUGGAGGGGCACUCUCUGUGGGCAUCUACCAGGUGGGCAACAGUCCCUUAUAUGUCUCCAUGCCCACGCAGAUGGCCCUAAGUGCCACCACUGGUGAGGCCUGGGACCUGGCUGGUGUGGAGCCUGACAUUACUGUGCCCAUGAGCGAGGCCCUCUCCACAGCCCAGGAUAUAGUGGUCCUGCGUGCCAAGGUGCCGACAGUGUUGCAAACGGCUGGGAAACUGGUGGCUGAUAACUAUGCGUCCCCUGAGCUGGGGUCCAAGAUGGCUGCUAAGCUGAGUCGUCUGCAGAGCCGCUAUGCAAGGGUGACCUCAGAAGGGGCCCUGGCAGAGAUGCUGGGGGCUGACCUGCAGAUGCUGUCUGGGGACCCACACCUGAAGACAGCCCAUAUCCCCGAGGAUGCAAAGGACCGCAUUCCUGGAAUUGUGCCCAUGCAGAUCCCCUCCCCAGAUGUCUUUGAAGACCUGAUCAAGUUUUCUUUCCACACUAACGUGCUAGAGGACAACAUUGGCUACCUGAGGUUCGACAUGUUUGGGGACUGUGAGCUGCUCACCCAGGUCUCUGAGCUGCUGGUGGAACACAUCUGGAGGAAGAUUGUGCACACGGCCGCCCUGAUCAUUGACAUGAGGUUCAAUAUUGGCGGUCCCACCUCAUCCAUCUCUGCCCUGUGCUCCUACUUCUUUGACGAGGGCCCCCCCACUCUGCUGGACAAGAUCUACAGCAGGCCCAAUGACUCUGUCAGCGAACUCUGGACUCACACCCGUCUUGCAGGUGAACGUUAUGGCUCCAAGAAGAGCGUGAUCAUUCUGACCAGUGGUGUGACAGCUGGCGCUGCUGAGGAGUUUACCUACAUCAUGAAGAGGCUAGGCAGGGCACUGGUCAUCGGGGAGGUGACCAGUGGGGGCUGCCAGCCACCACAGACCUACCAUGUGGAUGACACACACCUCUACAUCACCAUCCCUACAGCCCGCUCUGUGGGUGCUGCAGAUGGCAGUUCUUGGGAAGGGGUGGGCGUGACACCCCAUGUGCUCGUCCCUGCAGAAGUGGCCCUCACCAGAGCCAAGGAGACACUCCAACAUGCCCUUCAAGGGUGA